AUGAUGAAUUCAAGAUUUAAAGCCGAUACGCAGAUCAAUUACAUAGGAUGGAAGUUUCGGGUUGUCACAGACAUUAUAUUCGGGUCGACAAGCCAACAACUUUGCAAAGAAUUCAAAGGCGUGAUGAAGAAGCGGUUCGAGAUGAGUUCGCUCGGGGAGAUGACCACAUUUUUGGGGAUUCAGGUUAAACAAUCUUCAACCGGAAUCCUUAUUCACCAAGCAAAGUAUGUGGAUGAUAUACUGGAGAAGUUCGGGUUCCGAGACGUGAAACCUGCUCUUACACCCAUGACGGAGAGACCUUUACUGGCUCCUGGUCUUAAAGGCGAACCCGUAGAUCAAACGUACUAUCGAUCAAUGAUCAAAUCGCUUAUGUAUCUGACUACUAGUCGCUCGGACGUAAAGUUUUCGAUAUGUCAAUGUGCACGCUUCCAGGCUAAUCCUAAACUUUCUCAUCUUAUUGCUGUUAAAAGGAUUUUUCGGUACCUCAAAGGUUGCCCAAAACUGGGUCUUUGGUAUCCGAAAAAUCCUGAAUUUGACCUUUAUGCUUUUGCAGAUAGCAACUAUGGCGGGUGCGAGCUUGAUAGAAAAUCAACUUCAGGAGGAUGCCAAUUUAUGGUAGACAGAGUGGUCUCAUGGUAG